UUUAUUCAUAUCGACAUAGAUGACAUCUACCAAGCUAUAGAUUAUAAGUCUGUCUUUUUCGAGCAGUAAAGAAUGUGGUGUAGUCGAUGUUAGCUUGAUAUUCGUCAAACAACAGACUGUUAUAAGAACCUAGACAUAUUGAAAAACUAAAAUGGCGAAAUAUUCGUCGAUUGAUGGAUUGCAAGGUGAGUUAAGUUGUCCCAUUUGUCUGGAGUUGUUCGAAAAACCCAUCACUCUGCCAUGUGAUCACGCCCUGUGCGAAAAAUGUUUGGAGCAAGUUCAAACAGACAAGGCUCUUGGAAAGAAGUUGGAUGUGAUUAAAUGUCCUUUAUGUCGGCGUAGUGCGGAUGUUUGUACAAAUCCGUUGGUAAAGAACUUGAUAUUGGAGAGAAUUGUAAGGGUCUAUAAGGAGGAUAGAGAAUGUAGAUUAAAAAGAACUGAGAGUUGCAAUUUAAAUGAAAUUCAGAGAUCAAUAAACACCGAUAAUGGAGCAGAUGCCCCACAGUCAGCACCACUAGCUAGAGCCACCCAGUGUUAUCCACGAGUACAACGACCCGAAUCUAUGGCUUUGACAUUACCUACCCAGGAAACGGCGUUAUUCUGUAACCCCUACGACCCUGGAUCUACUGAUAAUAAACCAUUGAGACCAAGUGGCAGUGUUCUUGAACUCCGAUCACAGUUAAAUCCUUUAGGCGACGGUGACUUCUUGACCAAGUGUACAGGUGGUUGUUCAGAACGAUCUGCUAAAGCUGUGAUAUUAUGUACUCAGUGCAAGAACCAGUAUUGUAGAUUGUGCUGGGAGCAUCACCCAAGUUUGGAUGGGGAAGAUACCAGAGACCAUAAACAACGAUUGCAUGUUUAUGUCACAGCAUUUCUUGAUGACAUUAACGCAGAAAACUGUAUAGAAUGUAAUAAUUGUGAACCCGAGGUUCAUGAGCCAGCAACAUUGAUAUGCUUGAACUGUAACGUCAACUUCUGCGAAACCUGUUUUAAGGUUCGGCAUCCAGCAUUGGUCAUCAAUCAUUAUGUGGUUAAAAAACCCAACGUUCUUCCAAAACCACCACAGCUGUGUACAUUUUGUACGAAACAGCCUUCUAAUAUGGCCAAGCUUUCUUGCAAAGGGUGUAAAAAGAAUUUUUGUAGUAACUGUUUCAUGGACGCCAUACACGGAUGUGUAAAAGAUGUGGUGGAGAAGAAGGAAGUUAGAGAGACAGGAACUACCGACCAGGUCAUUCCUACAGAACGCCAAAUUCAGAGGGAGAUGGUUAACUUGAUGAACCUAAAGAAACAACUCAUCCAGGAGAUUCCAUUGUUUUUCUCAAAACAGAACCAGCUCAAAAAACCUAAACCUGACAUAAAAGUAGGGGAUCGAGUCGUUUCUUAUCCAGAAGCACAAAAUGUAGAACUUCGAGCAGUUGUUAAAUGGAUUGGACAGUUACCUGGUGAUGCGGAUGAUAACAUUACUGUCGGAGUGGAAUUUGAUGAUGCUGUAGGUGGUGGUGAUGGCACCUAUAACGGCACUCGGUUAUUCGAAUCUAAAAACGGUCAUACUGGGUUUAUACCUAUAUUAAGUGUCAUAAGAGAAGUAGAUGUUGCCCCAGCUAUAUAUACUAAUGUUGGUGUUGAUGAUACAACUGUUAAUACAGAUAUACCCAGAGUAUGUGAUAUAGAGGAGGAUACGGUAUCAGACAACUUGUUGAUAGGAGAUAGAGUGGCUUACUUCCGGGAAGACUCCUUUGUUAAAGGUACAGUUAAAUGGAUUGGUUGCCUGCCCGACGACACCACAGGAACAACCAGCGUUGGUGUUGAAUUUGAUUCACCAAUCGGAUCAGGAACCGGCAAAUACAAAGACCACCGUCUCUUCUAUGCUAAACAAAAUCACGCAUCUCUUCUUCCUAUUUUGGGCUUAAUUAAAGUAGAAGACUUAUGAUAAUAAGUGACCGCGACAACAGUACUGCAGUACAAACCGCUGAUGAAAUAUUCUUUGUGUGCGCAGGCAUUUAUAGUAAUAGAUAGUAGCAGCCCCUACCACACCCCAAUUACACCAUUAUAGGAUGCAUCUUAUUCAUAUAAUUACAGUUUAAAUGAUUUAUCCCAUAGCUACAGUAAUUAAAUUACUGUAAUUAUAUAAUACAUCAUUAAAACUGUAAUGAUAUGAUACACCAUUAAUACUAUAAUUAUAUAAUACAUCAUUAUUACUGCAAGUAUAAAAUACUAUGAAAUACUACUAUUACUGUAAUUGUAUGAUACACUGUAUAUUCUUUGAAUGGCAUUUAGUAAUUGGAACAUAAUCAAAAACACACUUUUAUGGAUAACAAUUACUAUGGUUUAUUUCACUGCGACGUUUCAACAAGGUUUCACAAGUCGUUAUCAAGCAUAUAUACAAAUUUGUAUAUAUGCUUGAUAACGACUUGUGAAACCUUGUAUAUAUGCUUGAUAACGACUUGUGAAACCUUGUUGAAACGUCGCAGUGAAAUAAACCAUAGUAAUUGUUAUCCAUAAAAGUGUGUUUUUGAUUUUGAUGAUACACUGUAAUUAUAUGAUACGCCAUUAAUACAUCAUUAUAUAUUACUAUUUACUGUAAUUAUAUGACACAUCAGUAUUACUGUAAUUAUAUGAUGCAUUAUUAAAACUGUAAUUAUAUGGUGCAUCAUUAAAACUGUAAUUAUAUGAUGCUGUGAAAGUCACCAAGUGUUAUAUAUAUAAGGAAACCGGAUUUAUUACACUGCAGGAGAGAAGAAGGCGACAUAAAUUAAUUUUAUUCUACAAAAAAUCAUAAACCAUAUUACUCCCGAAUACUUAUUUCAACUGAUACCACCUAAUAUAAAUUCGUAUCGCCUACGAAACCAAAGUAACAUCCCAACAUACUUUUGCAGAACUUCUUUAUUUUCUUCUUCUUUUAUACAAUCUACAAUUCGAGAAUGGAAUCUACUCGAUCUUUCUACUAGAAACUUACCUACUUUAUCUUCUUUUAAAUCUAAACUCGGCUACCUUGAUCAAAUUAUACCUUCAUCAUACAACUCUGGCAGCAGGAAAAAUCAAAUUCACCAUUCUCGCCUCCGACUCGCUUGCAGUGAUUUAAACGGACAUCGUUUUCUCAGGCAUAUUUCUGACAGCCCUACAUGCGAUUUUGGCCACGCCUUUGAAGACUCUGAACAUUUUCUUUUAAUUUGUUCCUUACGUUCAGAUGCACGAUCUGCAACAAUAUCAAAACUUCCAAAACUUUAUCAAAAUUCUCAAAAUUUAUUAUUCGGAACUGAAGACAGAAACAAUUCUGAAGAAAUUAUUUCGGCAGUAUAUAACUUCCUCGACAUCUCCCAAAGAUUUUGAAAAUUCCGUAUGUGAAUUUAUGAAAUAUAAACAUUCUGAUUGUGGUUUGUACAUAUCGUGUAUAUAGUGUAUAUAAUCAUCUUAUAAUUUAAUCGUUCACUUUACUUUACUUUACUUUACUUUUCAUUAUAUAUUUAUGUUUGUACUUUUAUGGAGAGGGGGUCUAUAGGCUUUUGCCUGUUCUCCAAUCCAGUUUCUGUGAAUAAAUAUUGUUUAGAAAAAAAAUCAUUAAAACUGU